GAGGAUCAGAGUAUACCAGUAGAGUGUCUUAACUUAUCGAGGAGGUGGGGUGACAUUGUAUUAUCAUCUGCGCCAUGAGGAUACAUCACCACUGGUCAUAUGCAUCUAAAUGAUUAUAAUAGCAUCUAUAAUAUCAGAAUAUGCGUGAUAUUGAAGAAAGAUGUAGACUAGGGUUAUAGUUUGGAAUGGUAUGGCUGUUUCUAUGGCAGGACAGAUAUGUGCAGCGUGUGAGACGACAUUUAGCCAAGGUUUACAAAGUCAACGUGUUGCUUGUCCAUCCUGCGGUCGUAAAUUAGUAGGUCGAGUGGCUGCCCCUAUGCAUCCUAUGCAGGCUACUAGAGAUCGGGGAAACAGUGGAGCAAGUCUACCUCCUCUUAGUAAUCCAUCCUCACCUACCAAUGAGGAACAUGCUCGGUCCAAGUUUUCAGGCAUCUCAAACUUCUUUAGUAAUCUUGGUACGAAAGAGAAAGGGAAGAGCGCAGAGAAGAGAAGUAAAGAGAAGUUACCCCGCAUCACUCCGGGACAGGCUAUGGUCUCACAAAAUGGCGCCCGUAAGAUCCAUACACCUGAUACUCAAGUCGCACCUGGAUUCAAACCGAUCACACUACAAGAAUUCAAAUCUGAUGUGGAGAAAUCAAAGGCUACAAAAGAUACCAAGAUCUUACUAAAGUAUUUUGAAUCAACUUUCUUAUCAUUCGCACACAUCAAUGUAACAUUCAAGGAUCCAGUCAAAAAUGGAAAGAGUCUUGAGGAUUGUGGGUUGGUUCAGGAGUACAUUGAUAGUGUGUAUAAAUGUCUGCUGGAAACAACGGUUGAGAUACAGAAGAUCACACUCAAAGGAAUCAUCAACAGCCUUCUCAAAGACCUCAAAAAACCUCGGGACAAGAACGAUCUAAGAGCUUAUCUAGUCUUGAUCCAGAAUCCCCAAUUUGACAAGACUUCGACGUUUGUAAUAUUUGCUCAUCUUCUUCGUCAGCUUUCAACCUUAGCAGACAAUGAUCACCAUUAUAUGGUUCACUGGUUUAAAGGGUUACCUGCUGCAAACUUCAAGUCGAUCGUAGAACGAUUGCAACAGUUCACAUCCGUCCGUCUUUUCCCGCCUAAGAGUAAUGAACUACCCCCUGUAGGUAAAUGUUCAUGGUGGAUACCUAGUGCUACCAAAGUCCUCGCCUUACUCAAUGCAUCCAACUCAAUGUGUAAACCUCUGAAGGUUCCCUAUACGUGUUUCUAUAACAACACACUGGAUAACAUCGAUCUAAUGAAGGAAUACCAUGCAUGGCAAAACCCGGUUGGCAAUCAACAAAUCUUCACAUUCUGUCAGUAUCCGUUUGUUCUAAGUCUGCAAGCUAAACGGAACAUCAUGCAGAAAGAUUCAGAACAACAGAUGAUUAUGACUGCCAGGAGAACUCUGGUAGCUAAAGUUCAACAACGAGAGAUGCCAAAUAUGAACAUGCUCUUCCUAAAUCUCAAAGUACGCCGUUCACAUCUAGUCUCAGACUCACUUCACGAGGUUGCCAAUAAGAAGCAAGAUUUGAAGAAGAAACUCCGGGUAACGUUCGCUGGUGAACCUGGUCUUGAUAUGGGUGGUCUUACCAAGGAGUGGUUUCUCUUGCUUCUCAGGAAGGUCUUCAGAGAAGAAUACGGAAUGUUCACUUACUUCAAGAAGACCCAUUGUUUCUGGUUUAAUCCAGCCUGCACCGACUGUAAUCAAGAAUUCAAUCUGGUCGGAGUUUUAAUGGGUCUUGCCGUGUACAAUAGCAUCAUCUUAGACAUCCGAUUCCCAGCUAUCACAUACAAGAAGCUUCUGAGUCCAGCAGUCGUUCCAUACAACAAACCACAAGCUUCUGUAGGAAGAUGUAAAGUCACGAUGGAAGAUCUGGAACAAGUUAACCCGGAUCUUUGCCAUGGUUUGAAGGAGCUCUUAAAGUACGAUGGAGAUGUAGAAGAAGACUUGUGUACGACGUUUCAGUGUUCGUUACCUGUCUAUGGAACAGUGAUGACCUAUGACCUCAAGCCAAACGGAGGAGACAUCUUGGUCACAAAUAAGAACAGAAGAGAAUAUGUAGAGCUGUACGUGAACUUUCUCAUGAACAAUUCAGUGUAUGAACAAUUUGCUGCGUUCUACCACGGGUUCCACAGUGUAUGUGCAUCCAAUGCCCUCAUCAUGCUCCGCCCAGAGGAGGUAGAGAUGUUAGUUUGUGGUUCACCUGUCGUAGACUAUGAGGAACUGGAGAAGGUGACCUUGUAUGAUGGCUUUGACAAGGAUGACGUCACAAUCAAAUACUUCUGGGAGGUUGCCAAGGGUUACCCACUACCACUACAAAAGAAGUUACUCUUGUUUGCGACUGGUAGUGAUCGCGUCCCGAUAGGUGGUAUGGGUGAGAUGUCAUUCAAGAUCAUCAGGGUUGAUACAUCUUCUAACAUGCUUCCCAUGUCCCAUACAUGCUUCAAUCAGCUUAUCUUGCCUCCAUAUAAAAGCAAACGACAGUUGAAACAGAAGCUUACCAUCGCUAUCUCCAACGCUGAAGGGUUUGGUUUAGAGUAGCCACGGACACAAGACAACUACAGGGUCGUACCCUUUGAAUUCCCAUAGCGUCGAUGGCGCUGCUAAGACGUCAAGACUGUGCCUGGACGUCAGGGACGUCAAAGUUGGGAAAUGGGAAUAUAGUAGUAGGCGCCAACAAACCGGUGCCGUCUGUUAAAAUCUACGUGGACGUUUACUAUCGGGGCCUUUCGAUAAGUAGAUGGCAUCAGGGAUGACAUAGAAUGACAUCAUCAUUAGCGCUAAUCUUAGUACUUACAUUCCCGACAUGACAAUAGCGCCGAUUUAUGGAAAAUACUACUUUUUCAAAUAAAGAUUAGUCUUUAUAGAAGUGAACAGCGCCGUCUUGUGAAAGGCACUAAAGACGCUGAUCUUUGAGAUUGCCUCGGCGCUGAAUUUUUCAUUUUUGCGCCAUUUUGUAGUAGAAACCAUCGACGCAUACUGAUUCUAACCGUCUCUCUACUUGGCCUUAGAGUAGCUAACCUGGAAUAAGCAUGAUAUAAAGUGGUAUUCAACAGAAAAGACAUUUUGUAUAAUUAUUCAUGAUGUCACAAAUUAUGAAAAAUGAGAUGAAUCGCUAAAAUUGUUUUCCAUGUCAUGUUGGCAAAUUGAAGACUUUUAGGAGAGCGUCCGGGAGAGCGUCAGUGUUUUGAAGAGAAUAUAUUGAUGAAGACUAAUUCAGCUGAUACAAUGAUAUUGGAGACUGUAUAACUGUUGCUUUACAUAAUGGAUUGUGUACUAUCAAUACGUAGAGAAAAUUCAUGUUAGAUGAAAUGAUAUAUUAUCAUUAUUCAACUGCAAUGACGAAAAAUCAAAGUACAAAUGUUUCAUCGAAUAUGUUAUAUCAUUUUACGUAUUUAUUUUGAUGCUCUGUAAUUUUUAAUGAAACUGAACGCAACAGCUGUGGUCCCUCAGCUUUGGAUAUAUCACCAAUCUUUGACAGCUACACAGUGUAUUGUAAUGAUUGUGAGAGGUAUCUGAGUUCUAGUAGUUAAUUCAAGAAACCAUCAAUCUAUACUGAUUAUGCAGGAAAAUAUAGACAAUCAUGUACUUGAUUUGAAAAUGACUCGUAUAUUUUGUGAUACACACUCACAUUCUAUAGGUAAAUGUGAGCCCCUCAUUUCUCUUUCUCUGAAUUUUUCUUGGCACAUAGGCCUUCUUACGUAUUAGCCCCCUUCCACUAAGAGCCCCCUUCCUCCAAAAUUCUCUUGGCUCGAUUAUUGUCCCCGCCCCCUGAAACUUUGGCUUCGCUAUAUAAUGAUAAUUGAUUGCAUUAGUCCAAUCAUCAUUCUGAUCAGUUAAAAAGGGACCAAUUGUCAUGAAUGAAAUGUAUGUUAUUAAUGUCAUUUAAGUGUAAUUUAUUGUGAAGCCUGAAACAAUGGUAAUGUUCCACAAUAUUAUACGUCUAGACGUACAUUGAUACGUGUGACUAGUCUAAAUAAUUUCACAAUAAUCGGUUUCAUGAAUAAUGAUGGUAUAGAAUAAACGAUGUUGUUCCUUUCGGAACUGCCAUGCAGUUUUCGAGUGCGAGUGCCACACAAGAAAAACAAAUAAACUUCUUUGAUGUACACUGAACAUCAUCAUCAUCUUAUGCAUCGAAUCAAAUUUGUAAAGAAGUAUUAUUAGUGUAUUAUGUACUUAUGCAAAUACAAUACAAUGAUGUAAGCCAUACAAUCAAAGUCGUGCCAUGUAUAUCAGCAGGGGCGUACACAGGUCUUGAACAGUGCAGGGGCAUCUGAUGUGUUGUUGUUGUUGUUUGUUAACGUAAUAUGCGUUUUAUAUCCUAGAAAAUGUAUUUUGCCCUCUACAGACACUCAGUGAAUAGAAUCUGGUAGUUUAUCAUUAUUGGACACUGAGAACAUCGUCUCUUUCGAAGAGUUAUUAUACAUGCCAUCCGCCAUGUAAGAUGGUAGGCCUAUACCUACACCACUGAAUCCAAGCUCUUUCUCAUGAUCUCAAUCUAAUUUUGGUGGCAUUUUCACCUUUGAAAAAAAAACAAGAACCAUUAUUUUAAAAGGAAUAUGUAAUCAAUUUCUUUGUGAACAGGCAAAUCAGGAGCUCAAAUUUGAGAAUAAUGUUAAUUGUCAAAACGCGGUUCAAAUGUUGUUGAGACCCCCCCCCCCCUUUCCGUUGUCUACGCCCCUGCAUUGUGAUAAAAACAUAACUACAUUGUACAUGCAUAUUAAUCAUCAUAGGUAUAUAGAUGCCGACCUUACUCGCUUCCUGAUCAUUUUUUUUUUAAAAUUCUGUUGCCAUUAUGGCUUCAGACUGUACAAUGUCAUCACUUAACUUUAAAUACAAAUUCCAAUCGCUUUCUUAGCUUCGAUACAAUCCAUUUGUAAUAAAUUCAAUGUAUAUUUUUCAUAAUACUAUCUGAUUUGAUGAUUGAAAUCUGUUUGUAAUCCAUUACGUUCAAUUGUUAAUUUAUAAAUUUAAGAUAAAGGGUAUAUAGAAGUCCAUGUACCCACUAUAAAAUUAGUCUCGAUCUUAUUAGCGACAUGGUAUGUUUAUAAGGAUUUACAGUGGAGAUUCGGGGGGGGGGGGGUCACGUGUCCUGGUUUAGUGUCAAUUAACACCAAGCAUGCCAAUGCACUCCGUCCGGCGAUUAGAUGCUUGUUUAAAAAUGUUCAAAAUCCCUUCGAUUCCAUUACUGAUCGAUAUAAGAUUUUUGAAACAUUCAUAAGCAGUGUGCUUUAAAUUAUAAUGACGGGAGACUGCAAAGUCGCCAAUUAUAGAACCAAUUUAAGUAGUAUUGAAAUUUACAGUAGACUGUUUGCAUGUCCGAAAUCAAAUUGCAAUGAUUUAUAUUGGACAAAAUGUAUUGAAAUAUAUUAAUAGAAAUGCUUAAACUAUGUGUUCGCCUUGUAAAUAAAAUAGAAUAUUUUGAAAAAACGA